AUGUUUUCCUGUGAUCCAUGGAAGACAGAAAGUCAGACGGGAUUGGAACAACAUGAAGAAUAUGAGGAAAUAGUUGAGUUUCAGGGGGCGUGGCUUAGAUUCAACUCACUUCUCAUAAGUUUGGGCUUGGCUUCAACUUUAAACCGAAGUCAAAGCUCAAGACAGAAGGAGAGAAAUCAUGGGCGACGUGGUGCUGACAGUAGAUCCCCAGCAAGAAGCUUGAGUUCAGAAAAACUCCAGGAGAACCCAGAGGAGAGCAAUAUGAAAUCCGCAAAGGAGAAGACCAAUAGAUCUCCAGAGACAGAAAACCAGACCGCAGGAGAGAAAGACAGCAAGACCAUUGAGGAAAGCAAGAUUCAGGAGGACCUCGAGGAAUCCGAGGACCCUCAGAAGCCUCAGGAUGAAGAGAAGGCGCUGGGGCCAAACGAUGUCACCUGCGACUCCUGCAUCGACCGGCCGUGCCGCGCCAAGAAGUCGUGCUUGACCUGCCUGGUCUCGUAUUGCGAGGCUCACCUGAGGCCACACCUGGAGAACGUCAAGUUCCAGAGCCACAGGCUGGUGGAGCCGCUGCGGGACAUCGAGAGACGCACCUGUGAGACGCACCGCUGCGCGCUGGAGCUCUUCUGCUGCGCCGACGCGCGCUGCGUCUGUCAGGAGUGCGUGACGGAGGAGCACCGCGGACACAACGCCGUGCCCAUCGCCGAGGCGCGCAGGAAGAUUGAGAGAGAGCUUCAGGACAAACAGACAGACAUGGUGAAGACGGUCACAGCGGCAGAAAACGCCAUUAACAAGUUACAGGUCAACACAGUGAAUAUAGAGGCGUCUGUGAAGGAGGUGCGUGGAGUGAUCGAGGAGCAGUUUAACAUACUGAUGGCGGCUGUGGAGCAGGCGAAGAAAGAAGUGAGCGAGAUCUUAGAGGUGGAGGAGCGACAGGCGCUGCGGCAGGCCGAAGGAAUCCGAGUUCAUCUGGAGCAACGCUGCACCGAACUCAAGAAAACCCAGAGUCAGGUCGAGAAAAUCACCAAGAACAAAAAUGACAUUGACUUCCUGCAGGAGUAUUCACAGUGGAAAAAGGAAGCUGCUGACGUGUCUUUACCUGGCGUUUAUAUCGGCCUCAUGGAUCGACUGCAGUCGUUCAGUCGCGUUAUCACACGGUCCACAAAAGAGAUGUGCGACCACCUGCUGACCUCAUACACCAACAAACUUAAAGACACCUGCAAAAACGAUAAUGUAGGCAUAAAGACGACGGUUUAUGCCAUUAUUGCUGCAAAAAAGAACAUGUCAAUUCCGAACCCGGAGACCAGGGACGACUUUCUUAAAUACGUCACGCCUCUGACCUUUGAUGCAGAUACGGCCCACCAGUAUCUGCGUCUGACAGAAGAACGAAAGAAGGUGACAAACACGACGCCGUGGCAGCAGAGCUAUCCAGAGCUCCCCGAGCGCUUCGAGCACUUCAAGCAGGUGCUGACGGUGGAGAGCUUCUACCUGGGCCGCCACUAUUUCGAGGUGGAUAUGAGAGGAGAAGGCACUCACGUCGGCCUGACCUACAAGAGCAUCGACCGCAAGAGGUCCGAGAGCAACAGCUGCAUCACGGGAAAUAACUUCUCCUGGUGUGUGCAGUGGAACGGACGCAGCUUCUCCGCGUGGCACAGCGAUGUGGAGACGCCACUCAGCGGCCCCAAAGCCACGCGGAUCGGCGUCUACGUGGAUUAUUCCGGCGGCGUGCUGGCUUUCUACGAUGUGGAGAACGGCAUGGCGCUCAUCCACAAGUACCAGGCGGAGUUUCUGGAGCCGCUUUACCCGGCCGUCUGGCUUCCCAAGAAGGAGUGUGUCCUGCUGUUGGAACCCGGAGCAGGAUCAGAACCAGAACCAGGAUCUUCCCUGACAACCACGUCUCCUGUUCCCUCUCCCAAAUAAACUGCUUCUGCUCCUCGUAUCCACAUCAUUUCCAUCUUAUAGGGUCCCAUUUACAGAGACAGGUGUUAUGGUGUAAACAGGGCUAUAAGAGAUCUUCUGUAACCUCUGACUGAUGUUAAAGUUUUAUGACUGCAACAGUGCAUUUAUACAAGAUGCCUACUAAAAUACCUACAAAUAUGUUUUGUGCAUUGAUCAUAUAUCACAAAAUAUAUCUUUAAGUAUAAUUUUUCUCACAUCAAUGAAAUAUAUAUACAUAUAAAUUACAUAUAUAUACAUUAUAUAUUGUGAUGAUAUGUAAAUAUAAAAUAGUUUGUAUUAUACAUAUAACAUGAAUAAAACGAAAUAUAUUUUAUUUUAUUCAUAUAUUUAUAUAUUUUAAGUCAAAUUUUUCUCACAUGAAUGCAACUAUAUAUAUAUUUAUAUAUAUAUAUAUAUAUAUAUAUAUAGUGAGAUUAAAUAUAACAUAUAUAUAUAUAUAUUAUACAGUAUAUACAUAUACAUAAAUAUAAAUUUAUUUAUAUUAUAUUUGUGUAUACAUAAAUGUAAAAAUAAAUGUAUGUUUUAUUUUAUUCUUAUAUAUAUUAUGUAUAUGUUCAUGUUAAAAUAUGUAAGACAGAAAUUUCUCAUCCAUACAAUAAUGUUGCACAAGUGACCAAACCCAUUUGACGUAGCUGGAUAGUAGUACAUUUCACUAGGGUUGGGUUAACAGGACAGAUAUGGCUCUUUAAUGACUCUGUAGUCUGUACACUGUCUAUAUGCUGCUGUUUUCCUUUAUAUGUUACAUUUUGUGCCUAGUAUCAAAUGUGACAGGUGACAGUUACUUAAAACAAUAAAACAUUGUCUGUCUAUGCAAAUAAAACAUUGCUACAGUGAAAUGCUGGUGUUUGUCCAUGUGUUUCGCUGCAGUGUGAUAUAACCGGUUGCACCAGUAU